GAAGCAAUGAGUUUUGGACCAGCAUGCAUCUUCCUGAGGGGGGCCAAAAAUACUGACCGAUCCCUUGCAGAUGACGAGAUAGAAGAGUUGCGCGAGGCCUUUGAGGAGUUUGAUAAAGAUAAGGAUGGGCUGAUCAGCUGUAAAGACCUGGGGAAUCUGAUGAGAACCAUGGGAUACAUGCCCACUGAGAUGGAACUCAUUGAACUCAGUCAAAACAUCAACAUGAACCUCGGAGGAAGAGUAGAUUUUGAGGACUUUGUUGAACUCAUGGCUCCCAAACUGCUUGAAGAAACUGCCGGAAUGAUUGGCCUGAAAGAGCUGAAAGAUGCUUUUAGAGAGUUUGAUAUGGACGGUGAUGGGUGUAUCACCAUAGAGGAACUGAAACAUGCGAUGGGGAAACUGCUGGGAGAACAAACCAACAGGAAAGAGAUCGAGGCUGUGGUCAGGGAGGCUGACAACAAUGGGGACGGUACCGUGGAUUUUGAAGAAUUUGUGAAAAUGAUGUCACGGAACUGA